GGUGAGGGAAGCGGCAGCGGCUGAGCGGGCUGAGGGGAGCGAGCUCUGUUCAGGUGACCCCUCGGCCCUGCGGGAGAGCCGCCCUCCGGCAGGACAUCCUCCCUCAACAAGUCUAGGCUUCUGUGUCUGAAGGCCAGGGACUGCGCAGAGAACUGAGAAGACGUGCUGAUUUCCCUGGUGCUGGUAGACUUCUGAAUGAAAGCAGUGACUAUAGACCUACCUUCAAACAUAAUAGCUCCCAGCCUCACUCUUGGUGGCAGUCACUCUGAAGUCUGAACUUCUAUACUUGUAGUAAGGAGGAAAUACUUGGUUAUUCAGAGGUAUGGAGAACUUGGUGGCUGGCUCCAACCUUCCUCCACUUUUUACAGAUGAAGAUGGAUCUAAGGAAGGUAGUGAAAUUACCGUAACUGGAUUAGCUCAUUCUGAGAGUUCAUUCAGUGGUGGAACUUCACAGUCUGUGAAUAACCCAGAUUUGGUGGAGGAUUUGUCACAGGUUCAACAGCUGCAAAAUGAGUCCUCUAAUACUGCUGAAAACACUGAGCAGAAGCCUGAGGAGGAGCAGCAAAGAACUAAACGAGGAGGCUGGGCCAAAGGGAGAAAGAGGAAGAAACCCCUUAGGGACACCAAUGCCCCCAAAUCCCCCCUCACAGGGUAUGUACGAUUCAUGAAUGAGCGUAGGGAGCAGCUUCGAGCGAAGAGGCCUGAAGUCCCUUUCCCAGAGAUCACCAGGAUGCUGGGCAAUGAAUGGAGUAAACUGCCUCCUGAGGAGAAACGGCGAUACCUUGAUGAAGCAGAUAGAGAUAAGGAGCGUUAUAUGCGGGAGCUGGAGCAGUAUCAGAAGACUGAAGCCUACAAAGUCUUUAGCAGGAAAGCACAGGACAGACAAAAAGGCAAAUCACACAGACAAGAUGGAGCAAGACAGCCAGCCCAUGAUCAUGAGAAAGAAGCAGAUACAAAGGAGAGAUCUGUUUUUGAUAUUCCAAUCUUCACAGAAGAGUUCCUGAAUCAUAGUAAAGCACGUGAAGCUGAGCUGCGGCAGCUGCGUAAGUCCAACAUGGAGUUUGAGGAGAGGAAUGCUGCUCUGCAGAAACAUGUUGAGAGUAUGCGUACUGCGGUGGAGAAAUUGGAGGUGGAUGUGAUACAAGAGCGGAGCCGCAACACAGUGCUGCAACAGCAUCUAGAGACCUUACGCCAAGCACUCACAACCAGCUUUGCUGGAGUCCCGCUACCAGGUAGCGGGGAAACACCUACGAUGGAAACUAUUGAUUCCUACAUGAAUAGGCUGCACAGUAUUAUUAUGGCUAACCCACAAGAGAAUGAGAACCUCAUAGCCACAGUCCGAGAUGUGGUAAACAGACUUGAACGCUAGUGACUGGGUCUCGUGACCCAGGGAUGCUUUACAAAAUUUUUUUGGCCAGUGUGGAAUAAGAAGCCAUGAGGGAAAGACUAGGGGUGGGAGGCAGAAUUGCAGGUUUGUCCUGGUCCCUGCCUUUGUGGUUUGUCAGUGAGACAAACAGAUCAAUGCAUUGAAAGGUCUUAAGAAGCCACGGACACCACCCACUAAACAUUUGGAACUGUCCUCUGUGUAAACAUUUAAGAGCAUGCAACUUUUGUGCAAUCUUCAGUUUCUUAUUAAUUUUGCUGGGUGUGAGGGUGCAUAUGUUCUGUGGACUGGCUGACUAUGGAGAUGAAAUCUCACAAUUCGUGAAAUGAAGUCAGCCUAUGUGCUGUAGUAAUAACUUUAAUGUGUUAUAUUGCCUAAUGUCUUCUAGUGUCUUUUUAUUUUGUUUUCAUGUUUAUCUUGUGGGAUUACUUUCCUCGACUUUAGUUUUCUUCGUUUGAUCUUGUUAUCUGAUACUUGCAGUACUAGAUAGCAACGCUUGUGUUCUCUGCUAUAACAGGCAGUCUUCCUUGGUGCACUGUCUUGUCCUACCCUGCCUGCUAUGUUUAUAUAAGCUUUUCUUAAGCAUAAUCCUGGGGUUUUUGUUUUUUGUGUUAGCCUGCAACUUCUACAAUGUGAGUUUGCUCCCUGCUAGGGACUGACUGUGGUUGAUGCUUUGUGACUUGAUUCUACUAAGAGACAGACUUCCUCUCUCCCCUCUCUCUUCAAGCACCUCUCUUGCACAUAGCAUCCUGCGCUUCUGUGAAAGUCUCCUGUUAUCUCUUGAAAAUGUUUGGUGGAGCAUUUUACUACCGCAAAGGUCAGUGGUAAUCAAGAUGGAAAGUGAAACGUUGGUUCUUCUCAGCAGGGAGAAUAGGAAUCUCCAUUUUAGACUAAAACCACAAAGCUUGCCUUCCUCUGAUAUGUUGCUCAUUCUAAUUUAACGUUACUGCCUCGUUUUUGAGAGAAUGAUCUCAUGGUGAGAGCGGUAUCCUAUAAAAGGAGAAAUGGGCAGGGGGAUUGCAAUGUUUUUCUGCCCUUCUAAAUCACAAUGCUGGGAAGCAAUAUGCCUGGAAACAGCACAUGUAUUUUUGCAUGAAUUAUUAGAGCAGAGAAGGUUAUUAGCAGCUAGGUCCACAGAGCAGCCUGCAGAAUUCUACAUUACAGCCCACAGCCCAUAAGUGCUUUCACCUUUUGUACAGUUAAAGUACAGCCUGUGGAGCCUAUAGCAUUCAGCAUAUUAUGUUUGAAUAUGACCUAAAUGGCCUUUCACUUACAUCAAGUAGAACUCUGCAUGCUAGAGUCUGUAAUCUUGCUGAGCUAUGCUGCAUCUCCUGUCAAAGAUGAAGGCACCUACUGUCUUGCACUAACUUAUGCAAAUCGUUUGCUGCCCUUUGGUUCCUGUCAAAUUGUUAAUUCAGACAUUGGUUGAGCACUUGUUGGACAUCUCUGGGCUUUAUGGUAAUCAUUGAAAUGCUCUUUCUUCCACGUGACAAUCUCCUUGCUCCUUCUUGAGAAAUCUUUAAGAUUUCCCUGUUAAGAAUUGGAGAGUGCUUUCAUUACUGGAGUGCAUUGCAGUCAGCAUCGCUUUAGUGUAUCUGUAAUGCAAGUAUUUGAAGAUUAAAAAGCAGUUUCUUCUUCCCAUGCUGUACACAUGGACUUCAUGCUUGCCUGAAGCCAUCUCCAGGUCAACACCUUGUAUGUCGGGUCUCUGCUUACUCAUGGGCUUAUUGCUGUAGCGAAGCCGCAAGGAUUUCCAUGUACAUUUAAGUCUUCCUUCAGGGAGGAAACUCCUUUCUCUUGUCUUCAGUCUCCUUUUCAGACUUCACAAAAACGAACCUCAAUUUGCUGCAUUGACCUCAAUUUUCCUUAGCACGGAUGAUACCAACUGAUGUUGGCAUGAACUUCUUUUAGUGAAUGCUAUAACAAAUAUUGUGCGGGGAGAAAAUCCUACAGGUUAAUAAUGUAUCCAGAAGAAGCACCGAUACCUUCAUCUCUUGUGUGUAUCUUGUUUUUUAGAAUUGCUGUUAUCUGACUUUUAUUGAAGUGGCCAAAAUGCACUGCAUAGCCAAAAGUUGAUUGACAAAAUUCUAAAGUUCAGUCUGUGGCAUCUUACCUGAUACCUGGAGUUGUAUACCAUAAAGACUCCAGAAAUUGCUAUGUAAUACGAUAGUAGGAUGCAAUUCCAGGCUGCGACAUACACAUACCAUAAAUAAGGUAUGGGUGACUGUAGGCUGCCCCUGCUUACAUAAAUUCAAUGCAGCUAUCAGCUCGUGGCAUACUGCUAAUACAUCAUUCUGUUGAGUAGCAUGCAAGUGUUAUGGGUUAGGAAAUUUAAGGUGAUAUUAUUAGCUGGGGGCUGACAAAUCUCUUGCUUUUUCCCACAAGGAAGGAGGGGAGGUGGUAUACUCAUAGCAUCUGGGGGAAGACUAAGUUCUUGCUCACCAAUGAUGUGACAGAUGAUGUUUUGUCUCAUUAAGAAGCUGCUUAUUUACAUCGAUUUACCCUAUAAAAAUGGAUUUCAUCUUUCCAGUGUUUUCUGAAUGUCACUUCAGUUUACAUUUUUCAAUGUUGGCUGAUAAAAAAAACAGUAAAAAAUGAAGUGCAUGUCAAGGAGAAGAGCAGGAUAAAAUGCUUUUGUCACUUAGAGAAAUGUUAAGAGAAAUACAUGAAAACAGAAUCCAUUUGCUGGAUUAAUGUGUUUGGAAUUGUUGAGAUGCCAAGUUUUCUGUACAAUGUUUUUGUAAUUAAACUUUGGACUUCCUUUGUUUCUAAGAAGUUGAUGUGCUUGUUUGACACUUGCUUCAUUAAAAUUGUUCAACAUUGAAUCCGUUCUGAUUCAAUUUUAACUGCAUUUUCAUGAAAGAACUAUUACUAGCACUGCUCUUAUCUGAGAGAUUUUGGCAACUUCAUGUUAACCUUUGAAAGGAAAUAAUGUACCUCUUCCCCCUCCCCAUCCUCAGUGUAUCUCCCUCUGAAAAAGCUAAAGGAAGUAAUUAUUAUUUACAGUGAUGAAGACUUCAGAGAUCUUUGGUUAUAGCUAAUUGUUAUCAGUGCUCUUCCUGUCAUCUUUGUUCCUCAACUUGAGUAACUUUUAAAAUGUCAUGGGUGUCUCUCCCUCAGCCCUUUUUUUGACAUCCUUGUCUUCCGUUGUCUUCCCUAAUUUUCCACUGCCAUAUUUAUUUUCUCUUCCUAUAAGAACCUUCUGUAUCAUAGCUAUUGCCCCCCUCUUGUUUUUUUUUUUUUCCCCCUACUACAUUUUUAUCAUAUAUCUUCCCUUCUGCUUGCUGAGUAUGGAGCCAAACUGUAGCCUCAUGAAAUGUGCUUUGGGUGUAGAUCUUCUGUGGAGGAGUUUUGGAUGACUUCAGCCUGCACUGGUGCUCUUUUAGAGGUCACAGUGCUGUAAGCAACCAUGUCUUUGUGUUGUUUUUGUGGUCAUGUCUCAUUUUGAUUGCCAAAUUAAUGCCUGGUCUUUCUGUAUACCAACAGGCUUGGUUCAGAUACUAUCUGCUGUCUGGGGUAGACUGCACAUUUAGAUUUACAGUGCUUUGGAGAUUUUGUCAAAUGUGAAUUAGGAAAUGAUAAAGAUACAAAAAAUAGAAGAA